AUGGUAAAGGCCAGCUUUGAGUUGACGACAGUAUGGGUAGCGCUGGUAACUGCACUGUUGGUUACACACGCGCGCUCAGAACGCCGAAAGCGCCAAAGAUUUACGAUGCAGCAACCACUUGUAUCCACCAAAAGCGAAUUGGAAUUGGUCAAGAAAAUUGUGUACAUUAACAACUCAACGGAUCCAGUAUCGAAUUUAAAGCGCUCAACAGGUGACUCGUGCAAUCAGAUUCUCGUUGUGGGUGUGUGUGGCGGCUCAGGCUCUGGCAAAACUACGCUCUCUCGCGCCAUCAUGGCCGAAUUCGGCGCCGACCGCGUAUCGUAUCUCUCACACGACUUCUACUACAAGGAUUUGGCGCACCUUUCCAUGGAACAGCGUGCAAAACAUAACUUUGACCACCCAAAUGCGCUCGAAACUGACCUAAUGAUCGAACACCUGAAACAGAUAAGAGCUGGCAAGACGGUCGACGUUCCAAUAUACGACUUUAAUACACAUUUGCGCUGCAAAGCUACCGCCCCUAUGAAACCCAAUAGCGUGGUUUUAGUGGAGGGUAUUUUGAUUUUUGCAGAUCAAACGCUUGCUAACCUCAUGGACAUCAAGAUAUUUGUAGAAACUUCCGCUGACAUCCGCCUUGUGCGCCGUUUGCAUCGUGAUAUGGAGGAGCGCGGUCGAACAGCUGAAUCUGUUAUGGAUCAGUACAUGAAGACGGCUGCAGCGGAACAAGUAGCAGUAGGUGCGGCAGCUCACGCUCCGACUCGAAUGAAGAUGAAGACAAGGAGGCGAUAG